UUGGGCCCCACGUGGCUCCUGCUGCCGGUCAAUUUCCGCGCGCCCCCGAGCGCCUUUCCGACUUGCCCGAGCAGCCCCAGGCCAGGGAUUCUUGGCAGGGCUGCCUCUCUGCAGAUCCCACCCCUUGCUGGGGAGGACUCCGGUGGUGUCAGUUUUCAGGGCUGCCCCUUUUGCGACACAGAAGGAAGGGGCAUGGUUAGCAGCAGGCGAGCCCGGCCAAUGGUCUGCUGGCUGGCUUCCUGCCUCUUGCCGUUGUGCCUGCCCGCCUGCCCGCCUGCAAGGGGAGCGGGAACACCCUGAUCCUUAGCCAUGCCACAGGAAGGAGGCCAGGGCGACGCGGCACCGACAGGGUUAAGCCUGGAAGCAGCUGAUCCUGGGAAGGAUCUUCAGCCCCUCCAGGUGAGAUCUCCUUUGCCCCUGCAACGGAAGCUCUGCUAUGCCAUCGGGGGCGCCCCGUACCAGAUCACGGGCAACGCGCUCGGAUUUUUCCUCCAGAUCUUCCUGCUCGACGUGGCGCAGCUGGAGCCUUUCCACGCGUCCCUGAUCCUCUUCGUGGGGCGAGCCUGGGACGCAGUGACGGACCCGGCCGUGGGAUUCUUGGUCAGCCGGAGCCCCCGCAGGAGAUGUGGCAAGCUGAUCCCCUGGAUUGUCUUCUCCAUGCCUUUUGGGGUCCUCUUCUACUUCCUGCUCUGGUUUGUCCCAUCAGAUUCCCUCUCCGUGACACUGAAGUUCCUUUGGUACUUGGCUAUGUACUGCUUGUUCCAGACCUGCAUGAGCGUAAGGAUUUGUGUGUGCGCGCGAGUGUGUGACGACCCCGGACGUGUCCCAAAAAAGAGUCAGUUCUUUGAAAUCAGGAUUCUUGAUUGCAAGGAUAGAAAAGCUGUCGACUUGUAUUGUCAGAACUGGAAAGGUGUUGGCAGACUCCUUGGUGCCCAUGUGGGUUCCACGUUGGGGACUGUGGGACUGUGGGAUUGGGAAUCCAUGAGAUUGGAAGGAGAUCAACGCAGGUCGUACUUGGUGGCCGCCACGGUCCUCGGGUCCCUCUAUUUCUUGUCCUGCCUGGUCCUCUUUUUCGGAGUGAAGGAGCAGACAGGACCCCUUAGCCCUUUGGGGAAGGCCAGGCUGUCCUUCUUCAAGAGUCUGCGGGUGAUCCUGAGCCACCGACCUUACGUCUGGCUUCUUUGUGGCUUCCUAUGCGCCUCGCUGGCCUUCCAGCUGGCCCAGGGGAUUUUUGCCUUUUUCUGCACACAUGCAGCCGGGCUCCCCGGAAGCUUCCAGCACCUGGUGCUCAUCAUGUUGGUGGCAGCCUCCCUCUCCAUCCCCGCCUGGCAAUUGUUCCUGGUCAGGUUUGGGAAGAAAACGGCUGUUUUCGUAGGCCUGUCGCUCAUCAUCCCGGCUCUCAUCGUCAUCACCCUGGUGACCCAUAAUUUCCUGGUCUCUGCUUUCAUGGUUGCUCUGGCCGGCUGCAGCCUCUCCGUUCUCUACCUGUUGCCAUGGUCGAUGGUUCCAGAUGCGGUGGAUGACUUCAAACUCCGCAACCCCAAUUGCCUGAACCUGGAAGCCUUUUUCUACUCCUUCUACGUCUUCUUCAACAAGUUUGCGGGAGGGCUUUCUCUCGGCGUUUCGACGAUGAGCUUGCAUUUUGCAGGCUACAGGGCCCAAGACUGCACCCACAACCGCCCAGUCAUCCUCACCCUGCGCAUUCUGAUGGCGCCCAUUCCCAUCGCCCUGCUGUUGACCUCCAUGACCCUCUUCUGCUCCUACCCCAUCAACGAAGAGCGGCGGAAAGAGAUCCGAGCAGAGAUGGAGGCUUCGGGGUAAGAGUGGACUGCGCCACGGAAAGAGGGACCACAGAGAAUGAAAGGUGUUUGCAGUCGCAUGGCGCCAAUGGGGCGAGGGGGCACGCCGCCCCGGGCAUGCGCCAUUGGGGUCACCCCCACACCCCUCCUCCUUCCCUCACCCUCUGUGCCCCCCCACUUAGUUCAGCUGGCUGAAAAAGCUCUUAGUUCCCAGGAGUCCUUACAAGCCCC